UAUCUCCUUAGUGAUUCCUCCAUUUCACUCUGCACUCCCAAAGGAGGAGAUUUCAUGAACCAACCUUUUUUUUUUUUUAUUAAUUUUGUUUUCCCUUCCUCUCAAAUUUUCAAUUGAAACAGAAUAUUGUUCUCUUUUAUAUGGAACCAAUCUCGUACACGCACAACGGAACAAUCAAUCAAAAAUACACAUAGCAGCAUAUAUUUUAGCAAAUAUAACCCUAUCUUCAAUUCUCAUUUCCCUCUUAGGCCUAGGGUCGUGAUCCAUUUGGCCUUAGGUUCUCUUCUCCUCAAUCUCGACAAAGAAGUGCCAGUGCCACCAUUCGUUUUUCAAUUUUUUUUUUUUAUGAUCAUUAUUUCGCCUUUUCCAUUCCUUAAGCAAAAUCGUUUCAAAGAUUUUGAUUCCCAGCAGCAAUCAAAUUUACCCAUCUUUUAUCUCCAGAGCAUCUUUAUCCUGCUGCUAUUAAUUGUAGCCCAAUCUCGCUCCAUUUCUUGUUCUCUCACAAACAACCAACACCGCCAUCAAAACCAAGAAGCCAUGAAGGUGCAUCCAAUGCCCAAGAAAAGAAACAACAUAGCAAUCCAAUACUACAUCAAUAAUACCACCGGCAAUAACGUCGGCCAUCGGAGGGUCCCAUCUUCUGGUGGGUCCCACAAGAAGCUAAGGAGGCUACCCCACAUCUUCAGCAGGGUCUUGGAGCUCCCUUUCCGCUCGGACGCCGAUGUAUCGGUGGAGGAAAAUCCUGAUUGCUUCCGAUUCGUGGUGGAAACCGAUAAUAUCGGGGACGUCAGAGCUCAUACGAUCGAAAUCCACCCUGGGGUCACUAAAAUCGUGGUUAGGCCAAAUGGGUAUCUGGAAUUAUCCUCAUUGGAUGAUUUGGAAUUGGAUAUGUGGAGGUUCAGGCUGCCGGAAUCAACGAGGCCGGAGCUCGCUAGCGCGGUUCUAACAGAUGGAGAGUUGAUUGUGACGGUUCCUAAGGGAGAUGAACUGGAGGAGAACGCAAAUGAUAAUAAUGGGGAGUUUAGAGGAGGUAUGGGAAACAAUAACAGCAAUAAUAACAACGCUAGGCUUGUGCUUGUACAGUGAUAAUAAUAAUUACUGCUCUCUAGCUUUUCUCUUGUGUUUUUCCUUUAAAUGAAUGUUGUUGUGGAAGCUUGUUUUUGACGCUGCUGGUGGUUGGGAUUAGGUUGUAUGUCUGCUUUUAUUAUUGAAUGAAACAAGUUUUCUUAA